AUGGUUCAUCGUCCAACCGUUACUAUCAUACGACGAAAUUUUUGUCACAGAAACUACAAAUAUCAUCAAAUUAAUAAGUCGAGAUUUUCGACAUUAUGGGUAGCAUGCAGAGCAAUUGUUUUCGGUGGUGUUAUUAUUAUUUUUGGCAUUUUGAUGACCAUUCUUGGUUAUUUUGAUAUCUAUUUAUCUCAGGAAAUUGUAUACAAUAGGAAUAAUGGCACCGAUAAAAUGUCCACCAAUUGGACCAAGCGGUAUUUCUUUAAAAGUUUGCAGUAUCUCGGACCAAUUUCAAUGAGUAUUGGUUCAUUCAUUCUUAUUGUCGCCUGUGUUAUUAGUCUCGAAAGCAGAGAUAAAAACACACAGAUACUUCAUAAUAUAGACGAAGUUAAUCCGUGUAAAAAAACCUCUUCGUUGCAAAAAGAUGUGGUACGAAAACGUUUACCAAUGACUGACGAAGAGAUACGUGAAUGGACACCUCUGUACAAGGCUGUACCGUUGUCAAGAUAUGAUUCCAUGAUGAAUAAACAGCGGAAAUAUUGUUCCACUCCAUGUAUACCUCAAAUGAUUCUCGAUGCUAUUGAUAAUAGGAAAUUAUAUGGACGAUACCUUGAUAGUUAUUACUGUGGUAUUUUUGACAUCGAAAAUGAUUCGGUAUUGGAUACGCACGAUUAUAGUCGUGCUUGUACGUCUAAAAGUGAACACUGCAACCAUUCUGCUUCUCAUUGGCAAGAUGUGACUGUUGAAUUGCAUAGUCCGCCUUCGAUACACUUAUCGAAUACCAUAAAACCACUACCAUUACAAAUUUCGCCAGUUAAUUCUCCACAACAAAAUCAAUCUGCACUUCAUCAUGCGAAUACCUCCAACUUCACGAGAACCAGCGAUUUCACCUGCAGUGAAAAUAAUAGCAAUAAUGUUGUUAGUAUUGAUCCGACUGCAACUGUUGCUAUCACUGGUACUACUAACUCUGCUACUGAUAUUAGGCCGGUUACUCAAGAUAAUUGUAUAAUUCUUGAAGGAUUCGAGAAGCAUGCACCACUUGCAUCACUGGACAUUGAAUUUGGCAUGUCGAGUAGCUCUUCUUCGUCGAAUGUGAAAGUUCCAAACAUCGACAGCUUUUUUACCACAUGA